CAUUCAUUCACUUUGAUUUGUUCUGUCAUCUGUAUGUGCUGUGGCCGCUGUGGCUGUGAUCUCGAUCUGUGCGAUCUGGUACAUGUUCUUGCACUUCGUUUUUUAUUGCGAUUUUUAUCUCGGAAUUUAUAUUCCACAAAAAUUAUGUAUGUACAUAUAACAUAAUGUUAAUGAAGUGCUGUGUUUUGAAUUGUGAGAACGUGAUUUUUGCGAAAAUGCUGCAUGCCAGUUCAUUUGGCACUCUUUUAUAAACAAAACAUGUUAUAAAUAUAAUGCACAAGUGAAAAGACAUGAAAUCCACCAUGGAUAUGAAGAUAGACUUUAAUGAGGCUGGCCAGCCCCCUAUAGUUCCUCAACCCAGUAUUGGCAAGUGGAGUCUUAAGAGUGACACCUCCGUGCUGAUCACAGACCAACAGCAGAGUGGGUCACAUAGGAAAAUUAUUAGGAGAUGGAAUCGCCUCUCAAGACUGCAACGUUCCAUAGUUUAUGCCCUAUUUGUUAUAGCAGCUACUAUCCUAGCUAUGUUUUAUAUCUCAAGAAUGUCUGCUGCUAAUGUAAAUAAGAUUAAUCAUAGUGAAUUAGCACAAGAAACUCUUAAGAAUGUGUCUCUAGUCAAUGAGCAAGCAUCAGAACAAGUUGUUCCGAGGAAGACUGCCGUAGAUUUCGAGAAGCGAGAACGGCCCAUCUUUACAGGACCUAUAAACGCCCGACAAUAUGCCGUAGUGGAGAGCUUCAAGCACGCAUGGCGUGGUUAUAAGAAGCAUGCUUGGGGCCACGACAAUUUGAAACCGGUGUCCGGCAUGGCUUUUGACUGGUUUUCUCUCGGUCUCACCAUCGUGGAUUCUCUGGAUACAGCCUAUAUUAUGGGACUGAAAAAUGAAUUCGAGGAAGGCAAACAGUGGAUUCAAGAGGAGCUGGUCUUCACAAAGAGCAAGGAUGUGAAUUUCUUCGAAGUCACCAUCAGAGUUCUGGGCGGUUUGCUGUCUUGCUAUCAUUUCUCUCAAGACCGCAUGUUUCUUACCAAAGCUAUUGAUCUCGGAGACCGGCUGAUGGCAGCAUUCUCAUCACCCUCGGGCAUUCCAUAUUCGGACGUCAAUCUCGGCGAGAGGACCGCGCAUGCGCCCGAGUGGUCACACUACAGUACCACGGCCGAAGUCACUACGGUACAACUCGAGUUCAGAGAACUUGCGAGAGCCAGCAACAAUCCUGGGUUUGAGGAUGCAGCAGCAGCCGUAUCUGAAAAAAUACACCACUUACCGAAAAAGCAUGGUUUGGUGCCGAUCUUCAUCAAUCCGAACACCGGCCAUUUUCUGCCUCACGCCACCAUCACCCUCGGAGCCAGAGGAGACAGCUAUUACGAGUACCUGCUCAAACAGUGGCUGCAAACUGGCAAGACUGUUAACUAUUUACUCGACGACUAUAUGACUGCCAUAGAGGGUGUUCGCAAUUUCCUGGCGAAACGAUCAUCUCCUAAUAAGCAUUUGUUUAUCGGCGAACUGUCGGCCGGAUCCGAGGCAUUCAACCCUAAAAUGGACCACCUAACCUGUUUCCUGCCAGGCACGUUGGCAUUAGGCCAUGCUAACGGGCUCCCGGAUUGGCACAUGACGAUGGCUGAGGAAUUACUCUACACCUGCUAUUUGACCUACGCAGCGCACCCUACGUUCCUGGCGCCUGAGAUUACUCAUUUUUAUAUGGAUAAUAUAGCAGCUCCCAAAAAUGCUCCUCAGGCAAGCGUGGCUGAAGAUAUGUACACCAAAGCGGCAGAUUCGCACUCCUUGCUGCGUCCAGAAUUUGUUGAAAGUCUAUGGUACAUGUACCAGAUAACUGGCAACACUACGUAUCAAGAUUGGGGCUGGCAGAUAUAUCAGGGCUUCGAAAAAUACGCUAAAGUGCCGAACGGUUACACGUCAUUAGCCAACGUAAAAGUCGAGAAACCAGUGCAACGUGACAUGAUGGAAUCAUUCUUCUUAUCGGAGACUCUUAAAUACCUGUACUUACUGUUCAGCGACGACCGAUUCACGAUAGACUUGAAUAAAUACGUCAUCAACUCGGAGGCACAUCCUCUGCCUAUUCACAAAAACUAGAAGUCAUAUUACUGCUUUAUGUACAGUUCUGGGCGUUUGGCUAUGUUUUGCUGAAAUUCGCUUUACUAGUGAACCUUACGAGAUGGUCAACAUGGCCAAUAGUUUUUGCUCUUUUUUCUUUUUUUUUUUUUUUGAAAGUUCUCUAUUUAAAUGACUCUUCUUAUUUUUUAUUUGUUCACUAUAAAACGUCUACAGAACUGUACAUGAACUGUAAGUUUCGAUAUACAUCCAUUUUGGAUUGAAUUUUAAAAGAAUUAUGCGUUAUUCGCAAAAUCUUUUGAUAUGAGGUCUGGACUGAGACCCAUUUUGUACUUAAUGGGUAUUUUUUCUUAGAUAAUAGUAAUAGUAGUGCAAUUCCACAGUAUAUUAAUGUGUCAUGGAUAAACGUGUCUGAUUAUACCUGUAGAUCAGUAUAAAGUUGUAUCUGUACAUUUAUGUUAUGCCAUAUACAUUUAUUUACUACAUAUAUCUCUGUAACUACAGUACUUCGUAUAGUACUAUAGUUUUGGUAUUUUAUGAAGGUUGACCGAAGGACUUUGUAUUAAGCUAAAAUAUGUUAUUGUAUAGUUAUUCUAUUUGUAUUUGUGUAUAAAAGAUAUACCGAUAGGCAUUUACAUUUUAGGGCAAGUCUUUUUGAGUCGCAGUUAAAACUGCGGAUUAUAAUGAAUGGUAAUCGAAUUAAUUGCACAAUAUCUCGUAUUUAAUCAUAGUAGUAUUUAUUAGCUGCAUUUUAUAACUUAAUACUGAUUCAAGAAUGGAAUGUUGUCAUCCCUCAUACUCAUAAGCAAGUAAUGUUAAUACAUAGAUAUUUAAUUCCUAAUAUUACUUCAUAAGUACUUACUUAAAUGUAACGAAUUUAUAAAUGUUUUUAUAUACGCAAAGUUAGCAAAUUAAUGAAUUUCACUCAUACAAUUUGAUAAGAAACCAACACAUAUUUUCUGCAAUUCUUCCAUUAAUAUAGUUUGAAUGAAUCUUUUUGGCAGAUUAUAUUUUGACGGGACCAAGGUUGAGGUGAUUAUUACGCUAAGUAUAUUUUGUAACCAAGGAUAUUAUAUAAUUUCUUCUAUGUACAGACAGCGUCUUGAACAUGGUAACUCUAAGGUACUCAAGACAUUAGACCUUGCUAUAUUAUUUGAGUACCCUGAAUGUCCAUCUUUAUAACGCUGACUGUAAAUCAUGUUCACAUUAUUCCAAUUUUGUUAAAAUUAUUGUUUUGGGUUCAAUUAUCUAUCAGAAAUCUUGCGUUUUUAAUGUGAACAUUGAAUAGUUAUAUUUAUAGCUUUAUUUCAUAAACAAAAAUGAAUCUCAUUCAACAUUUUCACUGCUUUAUGUUUUUUUAUAUAAAUAGGUACUUUGGCUAAUGGUCCUUAGGUAAUAAAAUAAAACGUAUAUGGAAUAUAUUAUAUUAUUUGUUUUUAGUUAGUAAAUAUUUCACUCGAGUCAUUAUCAUAUUUUUGUUAUGAAAAUUAUAAUAUUUAUAACAAUUUUAAAUUAUACUUACUUAAGAUAUUAUAGGAAUUAUUAGCCGAAUGUGUAAAGUGUAUGGCUGUGGCUGAAUCUCGGAUAGCCUGAAAUAACCGUAUGUAUUCACUAGGUGGAAGGGUGGAACGGGAUUACAUAAAGUAUAAUUUCAUGACUAGAUUUCAAAAAAGCUCUUGUUUUUUUUUUGUAAGAAUUAAAUAGUAACUUGAAAUGUUUCCGUCCUUGGUAUUUACUCUAUACUAAUCAUUUUCUUGUUAUUUCUUACAUUCAUUACACUGAUAUUUAUACAGUUAUAUGUUGAUAUUAGAACUUUCUAGAGACUACCAAAAAAUUAUAUCCAAUCAAGAGCGAAUAGGUCCCGUUGAACUGCUUGAAUCAAAUUUUAGCAGCGAAUAAAUUGAAUCUUGAGAGAUAGCUUAGCGCAAAAAUACGUAGCUUUAUUUUAUUGCAUAAUGACGUGCACAUUAUUGCUGCGUAAAUUAAUGCAAUUAUGUUAUUACUUUAUAAAUACAUAUUUUUGCCACAUUUUCUAUGCAAAAUUGUGCAUAAAUGCGGUAGUGGUAACUUCAGCUUCUGACGAUCUAUAAUACCUGCCUAUUAUUACAAUAUUGCUCACAUCAUCAAUGCACUGCUUAUUGAAAUACAUACCAGAACACCCAGGAUCGUGGAGUGAAUAAAGACCGAAAAAAUAUACAAGCUUCGUCUUUAUAGUGGUUAGGUACCUCCGGUAGAUAGAUAUUAUUUAAAAUAUAAGUACAGUGAGUACUACUUUAAUGAAUAAUUGCUCUAAAUGUGUGCAAUAAAUUCUAGUAGAAACAUUAAAUAAUAUAUAAUUUUUGUUUAAUUUAUUAUAUAAACACGUUUUUUAACUCA